AUGUUUCAAGAAAGAAAUCAAGCUUUACUUAAUCCAACUAAUGGUAAUGAAUAUUUUUUUGAUAGGAAUAGUCGAGCAUUUCAUUAUAUUUUGGAAUUUUAUCGUACGGGGAAAAUUAUGUUAUUAGAUGAAAUGACUGGAUCAAAUAAUUCUUUCAUGGAAAUAAAUCAUCAAGAAUUAAUUGAAGAAAUAAAAUAUUUUCAAAUUCCUUUACCACAUCAAGAAAUUUCUACUGAUCAAUAUCACGCCAAAUUAUUGGAUAAAUUUGUGGAAGCAUUAAAAGAUGGAAUUUGUGAAGCUAGAUAUGAUUUUCAUAAUAUUUUUGGUGCCGAAUUUCCCAUAAGUGCGGGUAAAAAAACUUUUGUAACAUUUCCUCCCGAAGGAAGUUUUAGAAGAUUAUUUAAACCAUUUAGAUAUAAUGGAUAUAAAAUUAUAGAAUUAUUUGGUAAAGAUAUUGAAGAAUAUAUUAAAUCUUUAUUUCCGGACAUUAAAUUUUCUAUUAUUAAUGGUGAAGCGGAAGCUAAUGAUGAGGGUUAUACUGUAUACGGAAUUAAAAUUGAAAUCGGUGAUGAAGCUUGGGAUCGGGAUUCUAUUCUAGAAAAAUCUAAUACUGAAAUUGUUGACCUCUCCAUUACUAAUACUUCUACUACACCUUUAUCUGAUUCCGAUUUUAAUAACUCUUCUUCUGAUACAAUUCCCUUACGCUUAAGCAAACAAAUAACAGGUGAUGAAGAGUUUAUGAUAGAAUUGGAAUUAAAUAAAGGUAGUAAUAUGCGAUGUUAUACUUAUGACGAGGGAGUUUCGAAUUUACCAAGUGAUUUAGUAGUUCAGGAUAAUACCUUAAAGAGAGGUUUAACAAGUGUUGAAGCUUUAGAAAAAUUGGUUUCAGUAACCAAUAAAAUUUUAGCUGAACAUAAAAAACCUGCUUUAACAAGGAAAUGUAAUGAUCCAUAUCAAUUCCGUUUGACGACUAUAUUGGUGGAAGCGGUUUUGAUCUUUUUGCUUACUGUAUUUAAUGGAUUUCUUUAUGCACGAGAAAAAAAAUUGGUGGCAGUUGAAAUACAUGAACGAGCGAAAAAUAUAGUUGAACAAUUAAAACAAGGUGGAAUGAAUACGAUACAGGAAAUAAAAAUUCCAUUUGUGCCAUCACUUACUUUUGCAAAAGUUGUUCGUGAUGGAGUUGUUCGUAAUUUUCCAACCCCAUUAUUAGUAGAAGGGGAUAUAGUGGAAAUGCUAUAUGGUGAUAAAGCACCUUGUAAAAUUAAAUUAUUAUCAGAGUUCAGAGAUUCUACUUCACCCUCUUCAAUUUCUUCUUCAUCAAAAAUCUUAGAAAUGUCACAAGUUUUUAAACCAACAUUUUUUAAAAAAUUAUCACAUCAAGCAUUAUGGGAACAACAUAUUAAUAAUAGAGGAAGAUAUCAAUUCGUUUUAUUAGAAACACCUUGGGCAAAUUGUUUAAAAGCUGCUUUAAUACAAACUCGACCUCCCACAAUAAUCAUGAAACAAGCUGAAAUAUUACAAAGAGUUUUUUUACAUAGAUUAAUUUUUGUAAUUCUUGGAAUAGGAAUUUUAAUUAAUAUAUUUCGAUAUAUAUUAAAUAAUAAUAAAGAGGAAGGAAGAAAUAAUAAAGAUCAAGCAUUUGAAAUUUUAAUUAUUUUACCAAUUUAUGCCAUACUUCCAUUAAUUCCAUUAGUAUUUCCAAUUCUUUGGUUAAUAGUUCGUAGUUUUGCGAAUGCCACAUUACUUCCAUUUGCAUCAGUUGAUCAAAUAUUAUUUCCAAAUGAAGAAGGAGAUAUAACUGUCCUUGAUGUAGCUGAAGAUCCAAGUACAGCUUUUCGUGUAAAGUUUGAGGAUCAAGAUUGGGAUCAACAUUUGUCACGAUUAAAACCUUUAGGACUUAAUCUGUUAUUAAACACGAAUUGUGGUGUAUUACAAGGAAAAAAGCGUGCGGAUCAACAUCGAAAAUAUUCAAGUUUUAAUAUUCAUGCUAAAAUCAAACCUGCGAGACAAUCAUGUUUAUGUCGCCUGGGUAAAGAAAUUGGGUUCACGGAUGACGCACUUCGACCAUUUGUUAAAAGGAAAGAAAUCUUUACCACUGCACCAUGUCAUCCUUCUUUAAGAGAGCGUAUUAGAAAUGAUCAAUGGGAAGUUCCUAGUAUGAAUUCUUCAAUUUAUGAAGAACUUGAAGUGGGAAGUUAUCAAUUAUUAUCAGAUGGUCAUUUAGAAAUCAUACUUGAUAAUUGUUCUGAUUAUUGGGAUGGUCAAGGUUUACAAUCCAUGAGUAAAGAGAAUAAAAUUUAUGAUUUUUAUGCAAAUGCUAUUGUGAAUGAUAUGCAAUGUAUAGCAUAUUCAUAUCGUCCAAUAAAUGUUGAGAACGGAAAUGUAAUUCCAUUUUUAACAUCCACAGCAUCAGAUUGUAGUAGUAUUUAUAUUGUAUUACCUGAUUCACCUGAAGUUGACAAAAUUGAAAUGCAAGAAGGAAGUGAUGACGAAGAUCUCUCUAUAUCACAAUCAAUUAGAUUACAUAGAUUAAAUAAUGGAAUGUUAGAAGCCAAUCUUCAUGAUUUUGCAUUUGACCAAAAUAAUACUACACCACAAGAAGAAGAAAGUUUUUAUCAAGAUGUUAUUCAAGAUUUAAAAGGGGCAGGAAUUCGUUUUGUCUAUUUUUCUCCAACAGCCGAAAGGGAAAGUAAAGCAUAUGCAGAAAGACUAGGACUUGAAACAGAUUGGAAUAGUUGUAUACUUUUAUCAUCACCUGGAGAUGAAAAUUCAUUCGGAGAUGGAUAUUUAGAAUCUCAUGAUAUAAAGGCUCGUCUUCCACGAGGAAUUGAUAAUACUAGAAAUCAUUUAGAAGAUGUUGAUGAUAUUCCUCUUCAUGUUUCAUUAUUUGCUGAGUGUACACCGGAAUCAACUCAAGAAAUGAUUAAAAUCUUUCAACAAUAUGGAGAAGUGGUUUGUUGUAUUGGAAGCGCUUUAAAUAGUUGUAAUACUUAUUCAUUCGCGGUGGCUGAUGUUAGUGUUGCUAUGGAACCAACCCACACACGUAUUUUGACGAAGAAUGGUCCUCGUGAAAUAAGAGGACAAUCACCAAUCGCAUUAGGUGCAGCAUUUGCUGCUUUACCAUGUGGAUUAUUUAUGCAUUAUGAUACAAGUUUAUAUGCACUUACUGAUGUUAUACGAGAAGCUAGAAGAUUAAUAAAUGGAUUACGAAUGGGAAUUGCAUUUUUGAUUGGAACAUAUUUAUCAAUGUCCUUAAUAAUAUUAUUAUCUUAUUGUCUCUGUUUACCUCCAGUCUUUACUGGAUAUCAUAUAUUAUGGAUUACUUGUGUUAUAUCACCAAUUUUGGCACUUUCUUUUCUCUUUAAUCCUCAUGUUUCGGAUACGAUGACUACGAUGACAGGUUGGUUUAAUAAACAGUAA